AUGGCGACUGAAAGCCCUUUGCAGAUGGGAUAUCCAGAAGCAGCCAAGGCGCUUUGCCCCUUGAAACAGGCCCAGAUCGCGCUGCCCAGCGAGGUGGUGGAGUAUCGCGUGCUGCAGCGCAGCUUAGUGAAGCGGCCGGGAUCCAGUCCCACAGGUCCGAAAACAGUGAAGCUGACAAGACCUGUGGGUUCCGUGAUGUUCACGACUGGUCGUACCUGGACGGGGCCAAAAGGAGGGGAGUGGGUGGAGCUCGACAGCUUCGUGGAAAGGCCGGGAUGGCUCUUGGUCCAAGGCCCGGGCUUCGGCAUCCCUGGGCCUUUACUCCAGCGCGUAAAGCCUGGAGAGACUCAGCCCCUGCUUCUGCGAGUCGCAAAGCCGGUGGAGAUCGGCUGUGCCCGGGAAGAGGAGCGAGAAAUGCGGGAGAUUGUCGUCAGCCCUACUGCGAGUGUCCGAGAUGCAAAGGAAUGGAUCGCCCUGAUCUUCGGAUUGUCGGACCCCCGUAGGAUCAUCGUGGGAAAGCCGACUGAUGCCAGAGCUCGUGCUGGUGUAACGGGCGCCGGAUUUCAUAUCAAGUCUUGCGAUGGGCUGCUGGAUGAUGAAACAUCCAUUGCUGAUGCUGGCUUCUCUGACGGCGAUGAACUCUGCUACGUCUACACCGGGGAUCUGGAGAAGAGCUACGAGGGAAAGGAUCCUCAUCUGGAUUCUAGGGUUUAG